UUUGUUUCGGGUUCCAGCACUACAGAUGAAGCGAUGGAGCUCUACAGAAAUCUAAAAGGAUCUUUUCAAGAUAUUUCAAUGUCACUCAGGGAUUGGAGCUCAAAUUCUCGAGAAUUUAUGAAGAAAGUUUCUGAUACAUGUAAAGAAGAUAAAGUAAAGGUACUUGGUUUAGAAUGGGACAUUAAGAAAGAUACUCUUCAGUUGAAACCUAACUUGCAAGAGGAAGCAGUCACAAAAAGAGGAAUACUGAAGACUAUUGCAUCAAUCUAUGAUCCAUGUGGUUAUGCCGUGCCCUAUACUCUAUCAUCUAAACUCUUUCUACAAGGACUCUGGAAGGCUGGAGUGUCGUGGGACUCGCCAUUGUCAAGCGAACUAACAGAAGAGUGGAACGUCAUCAGACAGAACUUAGAAGCCAUUAGGGAAGUGUCAGUGAACAGAUGCUACAUGAAGACACCAGUGGGAAAAGGCUACCAACUACACUGUUUCACUGACGCCUCCCUACAGGCUUAUGCAGCAUCAGUCUUUUUAGUUUGCGGCUCGGGGAAAAGCUUCAUCAUUGGUAAAUCCCGUUUAAUACCAAGUAAAGAUCAGGAGAGUCUCAAGAUACCCCGUCUUGAACUAUUAGGAGUACUGAUUGGCAGUAGAUUGAUAAAGUUCGUUCUUAAAUUCUUCCAGCAGAAGAUAGCAAGGCAAGUCUUAUGGACCGACAGCCAGAUAGUCAUAGAAUGGUGUAAAUCUGACAAACUAUUACCACCUUUCGUUGCCAGGAGGAUAGAAGAGAUCAGAACAAAUAAAGAUCUGGAAAUCAGAUACCUUCCAACAGACCUAAAUCCAGCAGACGUAGGCACCAGACCCACCUGUUCGAGAGAGGACGGGGAGAAAUGGCUGAGUGGUCCACAAUUUAUAGUAGAAGAUCCGAAGACGUGGCCAACUACAUCCGGCAGUGGACCCACCAGUUCUCUCUUGACUGGGGAGGGUCUUGGGAUCCAAGAAGAUGAAGAACUGAUGGAAAUAGAUGAUCCAGAUAUACCUAAUGUUAACCCGGUGGAAACGGAAGAUGGCACAACUGCAAAAGAGAUAAUAAAUCAAGAGAAUGGUCAGAUGCCAGACAAUAAGUUUCAAAAAUUGAAAGAAAUUCAAGCAGAGUAUUUUCCUCUAGAAGUAGAGGGAAAAGUAACUAGUUUAAGUUUGAAUUUAGGCAUAUUUAAAGAUAUAGAUGAGUUACUGAGGUGCAAAGGUCGUAUGAAACACACAAACUGGUCAUUUGACAAACGCUAUCCUAUACUUAUUCCAAAAAAUUCAGAUUUCACCAACGAAAUUAUAAUAAAGACUCAUCAAGAAAAUAAACAUGUUGGAGUGAGUCACACGUUAGACAAGAUAAGGGAAACAUACUGGAUUCCACAAGGAAGAAGCCAAGUUCAAAGGAUCCUGAAGAAAUGCCCUGAAUGUAUGAGACAUGACGGAGGGCCAUAUAGACUACCGGAAACUCCUGCUUUACCGAAAGAGAGAGUCAACUAUAGUUCUCCAUUUACAUACGUUGGUACCGACUACCUGGGACCACUUCUAGUUAACAAUGGGAAUGGCAAUUGCAAAAGGUGGAUUAGCCUUUAUACAUGUUUGGCUGUAAGAGCCAUUCACCUAGAAGUUGUAAAGGACCUAACAGCGGAAGAAGGUUUAUUGGCCUUACGCAGGAUGAUUUCAACAAGAGGAGUGCCUAUCUUGAUAACGUCUGACAACGCAGCUCACUUUAAGUUACUCUCGGAGAUUCUUCAGAAUCCAUACUGCGUAGAUAAAGAAAUAAAAUGGAAAUUUAUACCACAGUUAGCACCAUGGCAUGGAGGAUUCUACGAGAGAUUAGUCGGAUUGGUUAAGAACUGUAUGAAGAAAACUUUACAGAAACAUUUAUUGAAUGACAGCCAGCUGGUUACAGUGGUUAAAGAAAUAGAAGCGGUUCUUAACACAAGACCUUUAACUUACGUGGACUCGGAGCCUGAUCAUGUAUUAAAACCUUCAGACUUUCUUACCAUGGGAAAAUGUAUCAUUAUGGAAACGUCAGGAAAGGAUCCUACUACGUCACAAGGAACGGUGACUAAAGACAAUUUAAUUAAAGGUUGGAAGAAAGCACAGAUAAUUCUAAGAGAAUUUAAAGAGAUGUUCGAGAACCGGUAUCUCCUAAAUUUGAGAGAAAGAUAUUCCCACCAUCCUAAAGAACCUAGGGUAAUAUCCAAGUUGGCUCCAAAGAUAGGUCAAAUCGUGCAGAUCAAAGGUGACACGAAGAACAGAGUCAAUUGGAAAGUUGGGAAAAUAGUAUCUUUAAGAAAAGGCGCCGACGGUUUAUGUAGGGUUGCCACGGUACGAGUAGGAGAUACAGAGUAUACAAGAUCUAUCGCGCAUCUCUACCCGUUAGAGAUCGAAGAUGGAGAAGAACAGUGUAAACAAACAUCAUCUUACGACGAAAGCGCAGAAGAACCUCUGCAACUUCCUAAUCUACCCCGUUCGUCACGCAGAGAUGACAUGACGGUGGAUUCCGUCAACGAUGUUGCCGAAUCCGAGUCUCUUUCUGAGCAAAGAUGCACGCAAGCAGUCAGAGAUAAGCCAGAAGAAGAAGUACAACCUUAUGCCUCGCCAGUAGAGGGAAGGAGUUCCUCUCAACGAAUCCUAGAGCCUAUGUAUAGUGAGUCAAACGAGCCUAAGCCUAAGUCUAUGUCCGAACCAGAACCGUUCGCGGUCGUCGACCUCGAAUCUUACGAGCACACUAAGCCAGAAUCACACAACCUGGAGGAGGUUACGCUAGGCAACGAGUCAAGACCUAAGAGAGCCGCAGCUCUUCGAGCCCUUGAGAAGAUCAAAGAAUGGACCAGCAAUCUAGUCGCCCUAUUCCUGCCUGUGUUGGGGAGUGUCGCGACGGACGCGAAAAUCCGAUGCCACAAUACUAAUUCACCUGCGGCAACACCGAACAGCGCCCUCUAUGUGGAACUGUGAUCUCGGGUGUCAUACAUUCAGCCGCCUUAAGAUAAGCGAAGCAGAUUAAGGCUCCUCUGGCCCAGGAGUUGAGGUGCAGAGAGAGUGAGGAUGAAGAGUCCCUUAUGGGAUAUGAAGGUAUGUAUGCGAUGCAUUCUAUACCCCAAUAGAAACCCCCCAUAUAUAACACACACACAUAUAUAAGUUGCCGCCUUUCCCCUCUUUACGGUCUCAUUUAUAUACCGUAGGCGGCUAGGGGAGAGGCG